AUGUUUUCAACAAUCAUUGACGGUAUUCGCACCCAUUGGAAGCGCUCAAACAGCCAACCAAAUAUCUACGAACGACGACAAAGUGUCAUUGAGCAGCAGCAGCAGCAGCAAGAUGACAGCCUCACCCCUGUCACUACCGAUGAAUCGGUCGCUCAUGCUAUCCCUAUCAGGCGUCGAAAGACUACACCAGCGCUAUUUGGCAUUUCACCGGAUUCCACAGAUGAUUACGUCCAAAAGGAUCUUAUUUCAAGCUCAUGGAGUUAA